AGCCAUUGUAAAACUAGUAGAUGUCACUUGCCGGCCACUAAUUACAAGUAAACGGUUGCCUGGCCCCGACAUCAGGUAGCAGCUAGCUUGCUGCGUUAGAACGAGCCCCUGUCCGAGCUGGACUUCACCAACGAGGCUAUGCGGUUAUUAAGGUCCUUGUGACAGGAGCCAACCAGGCAGGGCAACGAUGUCUGCCCUGUCGGCGGCCAGUUGGCGAUCAGUUCCGGUGACUCUUGCGGCAGGCCCGUCGCUGUACCUGCUCCAAACCUGGGCGGACACGCGGAGCCUUUUUGCUCAGUUGGUGGUGGCAUGGCUUUGCAUAGAGGUGGCGUUCUACAUCUGGCAGACUUGGCGGUACCACAUAAUAAACCAGAGGGUGGAGACGCGUUACGAGGCUCACAGGGUGGCAGAGGUCAAGAGGCGCUUUCUGCAGCUGAAUGGCUGCAUGUGCAUCGAGCAGUUUCUGAGCGGCUGGUUCCACGGCGCGCCUUAUGCAUGCAUUCGCAGAGGGAACGUUGAGGACUUCGUGGCCUACGGCUUCUACAACCGGACCAUGGACACUCUGCCCCCGCGGCUGCAAGCGGCGACGAAGAUAUUUGUGAGGCAGAUGGAGGCGGAAUGGGGGGCAACUUUCCCAGAGGGGCGCAACGCUGACAUCAGCUUCAUGGCACAUGUGUGGGAGGACCUGCGAGUGCUGCCCAAGCCUCUGGCGCUGCACAUUGCCAGCGAGGCGGCUUCGCUGCUCGGCGCAACCAUGCUGCGCUGCAUGGGCUUCAGGAAGGACUGCUGUCAGGGCUUCACAUACUGGAUCCGGCAGCCGAACCGGCCGGCCCGGCCGGCCGCCGCCGAUUCGCCGCCGCCGACGCCAACUCGGUCGCGGCGCACGACUCCGACGGUGUCACCGAUGACAUCACCCACCGUGUCACCGCACGCCAGCGAGGAUGCUGAGAUCGACCCAUCCACCCUCAGCAGGGGCGGGGGGCUGCUGCGGCAGAAGAGCAUAAUCCACCGGAGGGGUGACUCGUUCUCGUCGCUGCGAUCGGACGAGGCGGACGACUGUGCAGAGGCGGAGCCACGGCCCAUCUUCUUCAUGCACGGCGUCGGCCUCGGUCUGGUCCCCUACCUGGGCCUGAUCCAGCAGACCAUGUGGGCCUGCCCCGACUCGCCCAUGAUCCUGCUGGAAGCCCCCCACGUUGGCCUUAGGCUGCAGAUGCGCAGCCGAUCGGUCGAUGACGUGGCGCAUGCAGCGGCGCAAAUUCUGUGGCGGCACACUUACGAGGGCGCCUGCUUUGUGGCGCACAGUUACGGAACCUUCUGCGUCUCCCGUAUCUGCCAGCUGCACCGCUCGCUCGUGCACUCCGUGGCGUUGAUCGACCCCGUCUGCUUCCUGACGUGCUAUCCGCAGCUUCUGUACAACUUUGUGUACCGCGUGCCCAAGCUGGCCGAUGUUCUGGGCUCCAUCACCGGCAUCCUCGGCGCCGCUCGCUUCCUCUUCUCACGAGACCUCAUCAUUGCAGAGACCUUCUGCCGAAAGUUCCUGUGGCACGAGCUGAUGCUGUGGCCGGAGGACAUGCCGCCGCAUGCAUUAGUCAUCCUAUCGGACGCCGAUGAUCUCGUGCCGUCACCCUUAGUCGCGAAGCACAUCUCGGACGCGCACACAACCGCGACUGUCAUGUACCACCCCACGGCGGGCCACGGAGGAUUCCUAGUGGACCUACCCUGGCAGAGGCAAAUGGUGCAGGGAAUUAAGGAUCUAGCGCUGUUGCCGGAGGAGGCGUCUCGCGUGGCGUUCCCUGGCUCGCCAGCUGGCAAGCUGCUGGAGGGCUCCAAGGGAUCCAUGCGCUACAACUCCCUCGGCGCAUUUAGCUCCCUCGGAACUCUAGCACCCUACCACUCCCUGACAGCGCGCAGCUGA